AUGUCAAUCACUGUAAACUAUCUGUCCAUUUCCACUCACAAGUGCUUGAACAUGGUUAAUAGCCUCGUUAAGUUAACGCUUGCUGGAGUUGCUGUCGGAUUUCUUGGUUAUUGCAUUUAUUUUGACAGGAAACGACGCAGUGAUCCUGAAUUCCGCUUUAAACUUGCCAAAAGACGAAAAGAACGCGCUCUUGCGGCUGAAAGGUCAUCGAUGCCGGUCCUUCCUCCAUUAAAUGAUAGACGAGCGGUUCAAAAGUUCUUUUUCGACCAGAUUCAACUGGGCGAGGCUGCACUGUCCACUGGCUCAAUUGAUGAGGGGGUUCAACAUUUUGCGUUUGCUAUUGUGUGCAGCCAGUCGCCCCAGCUUUUGCAAGUGCUUCAGCAAUCGCUAAGUCCUGCGAUAUUUUCCAAGCUUGUUGCCGCAUUACCUGGAGUUCAAAAGCCUCUGGUACUUCACUCGAUUUUACUGGUGUGUCUCUGCGCGCUGUGCGGAGCUGUGUCCCGCAACCCAUUCCAAAUGCUGCCAGAUCCUGGCGACGUCUCUGUGGACGUUCUUCAACCUGCCACCCAACCUUCUGUUUGCCACACUCACACGAUCUUGUCGCGCUCGCUCUGGCACCAGCUUCAAGCAGCUCUCCCUGAAAAUUUCGAAGCUCUCCCCUCCGUCGAUGUUACAUUACGAUGCAAGUUGCGUAAAGAAGAUAUCCAGCUGAUUAAGCGUUUUGUAGAGCGCAAUCACGAGUUCCCCAUUCCUUCGGAAGAUACGGUUAACGAGAUAUUUUCGCGAUUUCUGGAACCUCAUGUCCAACCAGAGGAAGGUGUCUCUUUUUUAUACACCUACGCCCUCUACGCUGUGCCUGUUCUUGCUCUGUUCAUUUACCUUAAGUUUGGCUGCAUUUUCCUCACUUCCGUCAUCAUUCUCAGCGUCUCUGCCUAUGAACUCUAUAUUGCUGCUAUUGCAAAGCGUCAUGCCCUCAUAAGUAGAUUACCAUCUGUUCCCGAACAUUGUUUGCCUUAUUCUAAGCAAUCUCUCAUGACAAAAUUUUUAAGCCGGAUCUCUUUCCGUAAUGAAGAACACGAUUGCAAUCGUUAUUUCCAACUUCUAAUGACAAGUCCUUUCUCUGAACUGCGCCCUGAUCGCGUAAUCCUCUCAGUUAUCAGUGAUUUUGUCGAGUCAGUGUUUUCAACUGUGGGAAGAAGUAUCGGUCUGUUUUACAGUAACCUAAACUCGUUUGUGCCCGUGUUUAUUGCUCUUCCCUUGUCCCUGGCUUUUCUUUACUUUACGUGUAGCUCACUUUCCUUUCGUCCAAAAGCCAAACGGCGACGGGCCUUGAACAAGAAUAAGCAACCUCCGUCUUUGACAAAUUAA